AUGUAUGUCCUUGUCAGACCAAGCUCUGUCUGGCUCCUGAGGGCCACACUAACCUUUACAUCUCCAACAAUCCCUGCUGUCACCCUGGAGUCCCAAUCUUCCCAUCCUGCUUUCUGUUCUGGUGGUUCUACCCUGGGGCCUAAUGACACCAGCUCUACACCCGCCAGUUCACCUUGUACUCCUUUGAGUCCUGAGCUCCUGGACCCACUGCACCAGCUACCAGCAGAUGAAGAGGAUAAUCUCGGCUCCCCCCAGGAUGCCAGGGCUCCAGACAGUAAGCCUGAACUGGAGGCCCUGUCAACUGUGGAGGAGCAGGAAGAGUGUGAGGGACAGGUAGAGGAGGAAUGCCCCAUCUGCACUGAGCCUUACGGGUCUGAUGAGCAGCACCAGGCCUUGCUGAACUGUGGUCACAGCCUGUGUGUGGGCUGCCUGCACCAGCUGUUAGGCAUAACCCCCAGAGCUGACCUGGGCCGUGUGUGCUGCCCACUGUGUCGUCAGAAGACACCCAUGCUAGAGUGGGAGAUCUGUCAGCUGCAGGAGGAACUGCUUCAAGCUGAUGGACCCCAGCGCCCGGUGCCCAUUGCAUCCACCACACCCCUACGCCCUGGCCCUGGGCCCUGGGGAUCCUUGGAGCACCGCUACCGCCUGCGUUUUCUGGCUGGGCCCGUGGGAGGCCGGAGCUGCCUCCCCUUCCUUCCCUGCCCUCCCAGCCUAAGUACCUGGCUGUGGACACUGCGGGAACGUGGCCCCUGUGCCCGUCGCCUAUCACUGCUGAGCCUGAUGGCAUUAGAACUGCUGGGGCUGGUGCUCAUCUUCAUGCCGCUCAUGUUGCUAGGAGUGUUCUUCAUGCUCCUAGACCGCUCCAGCCACUGAGCAGAGCCCAGGGUGUUGGCCAAGCUUUGAAGCCCAUGUUUGGAUUCUUGUCAUUAGCAAAGACUUGCUAUCACAAUCCCAAGACCAGGCCUGCUCAAGAGCCUAGGUCAGCCAGAGUGCUUACACACCCCUGCAGCCCAGAUACUGGCUAAAGCCAAGGACACUAAGCCAAGGACAGCCUCUGAAGGAGAUUGGCCUAACAGGAAGGGCUGUGACCAGAGCCCCAUGUGCUUAUGGACAAACACUUGACUGGCCAGAGGCAAUGGCUGGAUCCUAACACCGACUCCUGAGGUCCAGCUGGUGAGGGUGGGCGCAAACGUGAAUAGAGGUCCAGCAGAAUUCUGUUGCUAGGAGAAGGCAAGGGCUGCAGGGACCCUCUGCCCUGUCCACACAGGUUGGUGUGUGCCCCUGAAGGCCACAGUAGCUAGCAGGAGGGGCCAGCACUGCACAAACCCAUCCUUCAAAAGCUCCUCACCCAACCUAAGAUGCCCUCACCAGACAGGGUAUCCCAGAGCAGCUGGGAUCAAUACUGGUUUUGUACUGCAAGGGCCAAGGUUCAAUCCAGACCCCCAGCAAAUGCCCAAGGUCCAGCUCUGUUUGUAAUUGACUAUACAAUUCAUGUCACUGGACUAGGAGCCCUCAUUUCAGCAAUGAAGACAAAUGUAAGCCCACCUCCUGGCUUAUUGGUGACACAGUGUAAGGUGGGCUGUCUCUGUCUAUACCCAGCCUAAGAGUGGCUCUCAAUAAACAGCUGCUGAUAGGCUGGAGAGAUGGCUCAGCGGUUAAGAGCAUUGUCUGCUCUUCCAAAGGUACUGAGUUCAAUUCCCAGCAACCUCAUGGUGGCUCACAACCAUCUAUAAUGAGGUCUGGUGCCCUCUUCUGGCCUUCAGGCAUACAUGCAGAAAGAAUAUUGUAUACACAAUAAAUAAAUAUUAAAUAAAAAUAAAUAAGCAGCUGCUAUUGAUACCAUUGUACCACAGCUAUCCUCAUUAUUCCAUCUCUGCCAUCCAGGCAGCUCUCAUACUCUUCAGAGGUACCUAAUCCAGUCACAGGCAGACAGAGAUUAGCUCAUGCUGUCCAAAGGCCAUUUCUACAUAUCCUUGGCCAGAGGCGUAGGAGAGACCCAGCCAAUCACCUUACUUGUAGGGCAGGGUCCCCCGAGGAUAUUUUUUACUUAUAAAGAUUGCAGGUGUGCUCCCGGCUGCCCCUUCUGCU